CUCUCUCCUUUCACCUUCUCCUUCGCGUUUGCACUGGCAGGCAUCUCUCUCGCCGCCUCGUAUACCCCCAUCCCCUCUGAUCUCCUUGCUUCUGCAUCGAGACGAGGGCGCGGGUUCGCUCGAGGAGGCGCUGUCACGACCCCCUUUUCCUUCAUCUUUUUCUCUCUUCUCACGACAAGCACCCUCUCUCGGAGCCCUUGAUGGGUCUAGACGGUGUGACGAUUGCUUUCAUUCACGAUUCUUGACGCUGUUCUCAACGCCUCUCUCUACGUCACCUCCAAGCGAGGAAACAGCUUCUCACGUCUCAGCUUUUGACGAUUCUUUACACGACGUGCAAACGCCUUUCACGAGCAACACUGCUAGCCGGUGGUGCAGACGACAAGACACACGUCACUUCUUUCCAAACCGCCUCCCUUGCUGGUCAACGGAGGCUCAAAGCGAGGCAUACAUAGCAUACAAUGGAAGGAACUUCGACGGACAAGGGAAAGGGAAAGCGGAAGUCCCGCGAUGACGAGGAGGCUCGCAGUGCAAAGCAGCGGCCUGCUGGUGGUGGUGGUGGUGGCGGAAGCAGUGGUGGCAGUGGUGGACGCGAAGAAAGGGAAAGAGGCGGCAAUCGAGGCGACUGGGUAGAUGCGUCGAGGCGCGAUCUCCCUGGGUUUCCCCAUGGACGGACCGUGGUGCCGUCGGGUAUGAGUGCACCCGUUAAUGAGGGAGAAGGACGGGUGUAUCCUGCGACGGGCAUCCUUCGCCGAUCAGGCCCCGAUGUCCGCAGGCUGUCCAACAUCCCCGACCUCGAAGAGCCAGGACCGAGCGCGACGCCGAUUGUCAUGACGCCCCCGCCUCAGCUUCUCCCCUCUCCUGCGAUCCAACAAGCUGCCACGUCUCGCCAAGACAUGUCACGCACCCUACCCAGGCGCUUUGAUCCUGCGACGGGCCGCGCAGCACCGUCAGACCACCGACGAGCGCCACUGCCCCAGUCCUUUGCUGCGCCGCCGUCGUCUUCCUUUCCCAACCCGUAUGCGCAGGCGCCAAACAACAACGACCAGCGACGGAGCAAACCAAAGACCGCCGACAUUCCUCCCACGCCUCCGCUGGUGCAACCCACGCCGGCAUUUGGCACAGGCGCCCCGACGACUUCAGCAACGGCCCAGAGCCCACGUCGCGCGCUGCCGGCAAUUCCGUCCGGUAUGCCGGCGGCACAGAUCAGCUGGGCUCAAGACCCCGCGGUGGACGAAGAGGGAGACGAGGAGGAGGAGAGCGACGAAAACAACCGUUGGAGCUCGGGGGAAUCGACGCCGACGCCCACAGCGAGCAGCGUCGCGGCCGCGAGCGCCAGACGAAAGGAGGCGGCCAGGGACCUCGUUCCUGUCGCUCUUGUCUCGCCCGAUCUCAUGGCGGGCCCCGCCCCCAGAGUGUCGCUUGCUCGUUCGCCAGCUCCACGCAUCCAGGCCCCGCAGCAGCAGCAGCAGCAAGCCGUGUCCUCGUCGAGCUCUCGGCCCCUCUCGUCUGGGUCGUCGCUCAAGCUGGCAGACGGACGAGAGGUGCCCACGGUGCGGACCGACUUUGAUAACAUGAAGCGAUUCAGCCGGCCCUCUUCGUCUUCCCAGCCAACGUCGAUGCCCGAGGCUCGUCGGGGCUUGGAGGGUUCGCAGGCUUCCCUUGGCCGUAAAAGCGCGCCGACGCCCGCGGCCGGUUUGCAUGCAAAGGCCGGGUCGAAGCAUCAGGGGCGUCGGAGCGACGAUCCCCUACCUACGUCGACUCGGGCGCCAGACGCCCCCAAGCUCCAGCAGGGGCUGCGUUUCAACAAGUCCGACCCUGCCCUCGGCACGCCUGAACAAAGUCGCCCGGGAACGGGCACCGAUGCUGCUGGCCACGUCGCGCCUCUUGUCCAGCCGAGACGCGCCAGGGAUGACAUCGCAGCGCUGCAGACUGCAGACCGCAACACGUUUGGACCAGAUGCUUCGCUGUUUGAGCACGCCAACCGUGCUCUCCUUCGACACCAGGCGGAGCAGCAGCAGCAGCAGCAGCAGCAGCAGCAGCAGCAGCAGCAGAGGAGCUCGCGCGCAGCUCCUGCGACUCUUUCAACGCCCAAUGUUCCAACGACGGCAGCAGUGGUGGACGCAGAGUCAGACGAGAGGCCUCGAAGGCCGUCGAAUGUCGAGUCAGUCCGCCGAAGCUCAUUCGGUUCAGGAACGACGGCACUCGACACCCCCAAUCCCGAGCACCGUGACUCCAUCGAUGCCCUCUAUCCCACCAGCGGUCGGCGUCGAUCAAGCUCGCAAGACGAGGGAGCCACCUGGGGCCGAAAGGCAGCCGGCCUCGUCUCGGGCCUGGCUGCCCCGCCCAGCGAUGUUCCCGAGCUCGUGGAGCCGUCUAGAUCAGGGGCCAGCAGCCGACACCAAGGCCGCCAUCGUCAGGGCCACAAUGGGGACGGUGAAGAGUCGGACAGCUACCAAGGACACUGGCAACCUCAUCAGCCAAUGGUGGUGACGACGACGGCGAACGAGGCGAGGGGCGAUGCAAAGCCGCCAGCGACCUCUUCGUCGCUCCGCUACGUGCCUAUCCAGAACAUCGCCGCGCCUGCACCCGCCGCCCUCAAAGGAGGCCAAGCUGCUCCCGCCCGUCCACUGACUGCAGGGUCCGUCACCUGGCGUCCGGGGACGGGGCAGACGCGCUUCUCGGCUCAGUCCUUUCGCACCCGCAGGCUCCCCAGUGGGCACGGCAACACGCCGGCGUGCCGCCAAUGCUUCCGCGCCGGCUUUGACUGCGCCAUGAACCUCCAGCUCGGCUCCGGCACCGGCGGCCGAAAGGCCUUUCAGGACUUUGUCAAUGCAGGAGGCCUCGAUGCAAUCAGCAUUCGUACCGGCGGACCCAACGACCACGAUGACGGAGCGAGCAUCACGGUCAGCCAGGCGCUCGGCCGCAACUACGUCGACAAGCUAGGAGAGGUUGCCUUUGGUGAAAGCGCGCUUAGUCGCCCAGUCACGCGCGGCGUCGUCGACGACAUGCUCGAGGAGCGUGGCAGAGUCAUGGCCGAACAGCAGCGCAGCAUGAGCGUAGAGAACUUUCUCGCAAGUCUAGCAAAGGCAAAGCAGGAGCAGGACGACGAAGACGAGCAGCGGGAGCGUGAUGCACAGCUGGAGAGAAUGGGCUCCGAACUUGCCAAAUCGGCAGAGCAGCCAAUGGACAACCGGGACGGAGCCGCAAAAGAGGCGGCGCCCAAGUCGUCGAUCAUGACUCGUCCACGGGCAGUGACGCCCUCCGUCGCUGGGCAGCAACAGACGAUGCAGAUCGAUCCAGAAGACUAUGCCAGCCACGGACCCUCUUCUUCCACCUCGACGCUCUCUGACGACCUCUACUUCUUGGCCGAUCGCUGGUCGGUGACCAGGAAGCUGUGGCAGCUCACUGUUCUCUGCGUGUGGGUCUUUGUCAUUCAGGCCCUCGAUGCCGGCUACACCACCUCCUUGGAAACGAUCGCAAGAGAUUUCCAGACGAUGCCCAUCUCGCUCAUGACUGGCCGCAUGGCAUACCUGUGGGGCGAGGGAGGCGGAUUGCUCCUUGGGUCCAGCCUUUCCAUCCUGGGCCGACACCGCGCACCAAUUUUCUCGACCUUGGCGAUGGGGGCCGUUGCCAUCAUUGCCGGUUUUGCGAGAAGCGCAGUGGUGCUGACGAUCCUCCGUGGUGCGAUGGGCAUGGGCGCAGGCAUCUUCCAGAUCAUGGUCCUCGGCUCCAUUCUCGACAUGACGACGACGAGACGCGCGCGAUGCGCCGCAACAAUGUAUCUGCUGGCCUGGGGCAUCGCUGGUCAAGCCUCGGGUCCCUGGAUCGCGACCUUGGUCAUCUCCAUCAGCAAUUGGCGUUGGCUAUACUGGACGACGACAAUCGCUGCGGCGGUAUUCGCCGUCCUUGCUGGCACGUUCACUGCUGAGACGGCGCAUGAGACUUCCUACCGCGACAAAGUGCUCGAGAUUCGUCGGCGCCCUUAUCACCUCUAUCCUCCCCAGAAGGGACAGCAGAGCACCCUCCAACAGGAGCAGCAAGAGCAGCAGCGCGAGACGCCCUGGAUGUCCGAGCCACGAAGGCUGAUUCGGCUGCGACACUAUUUCCGCUUCUACCUCUGGCUCCCGUACCUCGUCCUCUUUACCCACGUCCUUGUCUUGCUCAGCGGCGCCAUCCUUGCCGUCUUUGUCGGCUCUCUCGUCCUCGUCCUUACUGGACUGCCCGAUGUGCUGACGUCCAGGCACGGCUUCUCGCAGCAUCUCGCCAGCGUGACAAUUACUGCGUGCGUGGCAAUUGGGUGUCUCUUGGCUGCUCUGGGCGCCCUUUUACUGCUGCAUUGGCCAACGAUUUCUGGAAAGGAGCCACCGUCCAAUCGAAGCCGGCUACUGUUCAUCGACGAGAAGGGCUACAUUGAUACAUCGAGGCCGGCGCACCGACCGGAAUUGCUUCUUCGUACCGCUCUCGUUGGCUCUCUUUCCAGCUCUGUGGCCCUCUUCACGCUUGCCCUGACGGCCACGACAAUCAACUGGAUCUUUUCCGCCCUGUCACUCGUCGUCGCCUGCGCGGGCGUCACGCUGCUGGCCCUUGGCAUCGUAACGUACCUCUUCGAAUCGUACUACCCGGCUGCAACUGCCGUUCUGGGCGAAGUCAUCGCUGAACCCGACGAUCUGGGCCCAGCGCCUGGCUUUGGCCGCCGUCACCGAAGCUCUUCUCCCUCGAUUGUGAGGCGGGAGGAUGAAUGCACGCUCAUGUCGGGCGCAGACGAGAGCGGGAAGCGAUGGCCGAUCAAGUGGGCCCUCUACUCGAUUGCGGGCGCGCUCAAUGUUUCUUUCUUCAUCGGUGGUCUCAUGACGCUCUUGGGCAUGUUUGCACGAGGGCUGCGAUUCGAGAUCUUGGCCGUCAUCGUGGCAAGCGCCAGUCUGGGCACCUGUCUCCUCGUCGUCAUUCUCGUCCGAUUUGGAAGCGCGAUGCGACACAACAUCUUUGUGCGCAUCGCAAAGACGGAGCAGCACCUCUGGCUCAAAACAAAACGCCACACCAUUUCGACUGCCCCAUCGCUGUCGCGCAGUGGAACGGUGGACUUCACGGAACGGCAGCGCUCGCACCGACAGGAGUCGCAAACGCGAGAGAAAGCACAUGAAGGACCCGCCCCUGUAGAGCCAGCAUCGAAGCUCAAGAAGCUGCUCCUUGUCCCUGUCAAAGAGUACUGGAAGCCGACGAGACGAUCAGAGGAAAGCAGAUUAGGGGAGGGAAGAGAACGUACUCUCGAGAUAUCUACCCCAAUUAUGCAAGAGGCAAGCUGGGACAUGGUACAGCACCAGACGCCGGGCCAGACCGACAAGCUAGCGCCCAUGCCAACGCUACGGGCGGAGCCCAGGAGCCCCUCGACGCCCGUCACAUUGAGGAAGCCAAUUUCAGAUCAGAGGCUGACGUCGCCCGGCUGGAUCCGGGCGACAAGAGCAAGCAACGAGGAAGACCCUUACUCGCCACUACCUGCUACGACAAAGUCAUCGACGAUGCUCCCACGUCAGCCUCCUUCUGCCCAGACCGCAGACAUGUACAGCCCAAUGCCUGACUGGGUGUCGCGGAGAAGGGAGAGGCAGCCAUCGACUGGCGGCAUCGACCUGAGCCCGCAGCAACCCCCUCGCGCCCACCCGCAAUGGCUUAGACGACCGAGGGACCGGAGCGAUACCUUUUAAUUCCCGUCUUCUCUUCACGAUGCACAUAUUCGACGCUGAUGAUUCCGACGAGGUCUUUUCUUUUUCUUCUUCUUCUUCUUCUUCUCUGUUGAUGCUUGAGACGUCUCGUACAUGAAAAGUUCUUUCUUUGCGUUGAUCGCUAGAAGCUUACGUUGUUGCAAUGUCAUGAUGUUUCCUCCUCUCUU